UAAGUUUUUCCACAUCCUGUUGGAAAAACUUCUGCAUGCACCCUCCCCCUUUAGCAGUUGUACCUGCGCGUGCAUUUUCACUAAUUCAAUUUACUUUACGUUUGUUUUGAGACAUUUUUGAAACAUGUGGAUCUUUGAUAAACAUCGAUUAGCUUUUGGCUGGGUUUUGAUGUUGUUUGGACUUUUCUCCUCGUUGCUUUGUGUUUCGGGGGAGACCCACACCUUUUCUCCCUCUGGUUCCGGGUGGAUCCAGGACUUACGGGCCGCGCUGGGAGAUCUGGCCGGAGAGGGGAGGAACUAUCUAGGCAAGCUGGCCGGGGAACAGACGGUGCUCUCGGUUCAAAAGGCUUUUUCCAAGGUUUUUAAAGUUGUUGCAGAAAAUGUGGCUAGUGGACUCAAUGUGAUUCUUCAGUAUAUUUCAAACUUAUUUGAAACUGCCGGAGUCAAUGUGACAAUACCUGCACGUGUGACCCCAUCUGGAGUUGUUUUUGUGGUGCAGUGGAUCCUUGUAGCCCUCCUCACCUAUUGGAUAAUUUCUCUUACCUUGCAACUUGUUUCCUCUACUCUUAAACGUGCUUUUUGGCUUUUCAAAAUCAGUGUAGCGUUGUUGUUUUUUGUGCUCAUUUUAAGAGACUACAGCGUUGGUACAGAGACAAUGGCUAUUCGAUUGACUGUGCUGGUGCUUGUUUGUGUUUUAUUGGGGGUGGGAUCCUCAGGGGGGUCCAGUGCAGCAGAUAAAACUGCCGAUUUAGAGGAUCAGGUGAGGAUUUUGGAAAGACGGUUGAGAGAAAUGGAGAGGUGGAGGAGGAUAGAUGAGUAAGUCCUGAUUUCCAAAUGAUAUGACGAUAAUCCAUUUUUAAUUGAAAAAUAAGGCUGAAAGAAGGCUGUCGUGCUGUGAACUCCCAUGCAGGUGUAGUCUUGUGAGUGCAGUUUGGGUCAGAUACAUAGAGAUACAUAAUAGUUUGAGUUUUGCCACACCCCUUUUUAGUCGACGAAUCUAUCAGCAAGACAUGUCUUUAGUCAACCAAGAAUAUCUUUAGUGAACUACAGCCCUAGAAUAUACUAAUAUGAUUUUUUUAAAAUGUAGUUUUGCAAAUUUAAACACCAUCCCAGGCUUAGUUAUAAUGCAGAUUUUAUGAUGCCAAAUAACUGACUUUGUCAAUAAUAAAUCAGAUUUUUAUAUGAAAUGAUUUAAAAAAAUAUAGUUUUGCAAAUCUAAACGCAAUCCCAGGCCUAGUUAUAAUGCAGAUUUUGCAAUGCAAAAUAACCGACUUUGUCAAUAAUACAUCUUUUUUUUUAAUGAAAUGAUUAGUUCAGCGUUCAUCAUUUUCAUUUUUUUUCUUUUCUUUGUUGUUUUAAAUACCAUACAGUUGAUACAGCAAUCUAAGGAACAUGUAGCAACUUAACCAGCAACCCCUCAGAAAUGUUUCCUUAGAAUCACAUGUACUUUGAUACCGUUAAACAUCUCAGGACUUGUAGGAGUGUGUUUUGUUUAUUCAUUUCCCAAUGCCCUUUAACUAUGCUUUUGGAAAUGUUACUAAUGUUAAUGUAGUUGCUAUUUCUUUCUUUGAUUUGCUAGACUGAUGGCAACAAAAUCUGUUUUUAAAAUGCUGGAGUAACUUAAAAGUGCACUAUGUUACCUUUUUCGUGGGAGAAGGGGAACAACAUCACCAUAGAGAUGCUAUCGCUACACAUAGAAUACGCCACAGUAUAGCAUUUAUUUUGCAAUUAGUCAAGGAUGUUGUCUAAAAAUACCUUGGAAAAACUGGUGGUUGGUGGUGAACAUUCAAGGAACAUUAACCUGGAGGAAAGCAGAUGGUGGACCCUUCCUCAGAAAAAGUUACAUAUUGCAUCUUUAAUAUGUAGCUUUUUCCUCAGAAAAAGUUACAUAUUGCAUCUUUAAUAUUUACGCCAUUUGUGUUGCGUUAAGUCUUGUUAUGUAUCUCCAUUAAGUUAAAUGUCACUAUACUUGAAUACAUCAUAAAAAGUACAGAGAAAUCUUAAUGUUUUCUGCUUUUAUUGUCUUUCCGUCCGUUUUCUGUCCAAUUUCUCAUGCACUUAAUGCACUGUAAUGCACUACUUAACUCAAUCUUGCAGUAUAUAAAAUUUCUUGUUUUUUUCCUAUUAUGUCAUAUUGUUCUCAGUUUCCUUUGUCCUUUCAAAUGUUGUUUACAGAAUGUUGCGAAAUCAAAGGGUAACCAAAUGGACAUGAGGAAACUCUACCUGAAAAUAAAAAUAAAAUGCUUUAUUAAAAUUGU